AUGGUCGCAACCAGCACGCCCAGCCAGUACCAGGACAGAGCCGGCUUUGGGCAAGGCCGACUCAUCAGCGGCAAGGCCACUGUCGAGAGCUUUCUGUCCUUGAGCGCUUUGAGUCUCGUGGUCCCAACUCACAUUCAGAUCAACCACAGCGGGGACAGCACACCCGUGCCAUGGAGAGGCUCACCCUGGUCCUGUGGGCCCUGCUGGUGUCUGCGGAGUCUGCCAACCACACCUUGGCGCCAGGUAAGAGUGCCAUGGGCUGAGCUGGGCUGGGCUGGGGCUGCAGCCUCCUCUUCGUCCUGCCUGGCCCUUCCGCCAGGCGCACACUCCCCUCUGCCCUCCACCGUGGCCUUGCUGCCCGCAGCCUUGAACUUCAGCUGCUACCGCUGCUUCAAAGUCACCAGCCCCACCAAGUGCAUGCCCACCCUCUGCCAGGCCACGGACCGCGUCUGUGCAUCCAAUGAGCUGACUGUCUCUCUGAGAUCGAAGACAGCCAUGUUGCUCAGCAAGCGCUGUGCCCCCAGAUGUCCCCACAGCAACGCGAAGUUCGAAUGGUCCCCCAGCCCUGGCGUGGCCGGCAAGAUCAUCCGGCACUGCUGUGCCCGCAGUCUCUGCAACCGCGCGGCCGGGGACUGCGCCCUGCAGGAGGGCCUGCUGCUCCCGCUGGGCCUAGGCCUGCUGCGGGCCCUGUGGUGA